GCUGCAUCACUAUCUGCGCAUUUGAAAUUUGGAAAACAGUCCUCCAGAAUCAAAGUUGAGCUAAAAAUCAAGAUGGUCCGUCUAGCUGUAGCCCUGUUGUUUGUUGUUGCUGUUGCUUACGUCAUAGCUGAUGAGGAUGAAGACAACUCCUGCGCUGAGACAAAGGAUUGUCCUUGUGGAAGUGUUUGUAAUGACGGAGCUUGUGAACAAGGCUGUAUGUUAUAUGAUACGUUCAUGGCUGCUGGUUCCACGUCUACAGUUUACGGCAGGAAGUGUCAUUGUGGCGAAACACCCGACGAACGCGGCAUGCUGCUCGAAUGCGCCGAAGGUGUCGAUUUCACAGGUGCCCCAGAAGGCGUCUCUGAAUGGGAAAAUAACCCAGCCUGUGAGACCCCAGCCGCGACCGAAGAGCCAGCCCCAACCGAGGAACCAGCCCCAACCGAAGAGCCUGCACCCUAAGCUGAAAUCAUUCUGUAUAUUUAAUGAUAACAUGUCUACGAUCGCACUGUCACAUCGAGUUCGAGCUUUUGUAAAUACAUAAAUCAAAUAAAUAAAACUGUUGCAUU